CGCUCGGGGCCUUUUCAAAUCGGGAUCCGUUACCGCUUUCCCGGCCGCCGCCAUUGUAGCACUCGGAGCCCCUCAGCGCAGGCGGCCGUGGCGGAGGCGGAGGCAGCGGCAGCGGGAUGGCGGACGCCGACAAGCCCGAGGUGCUCGGGGCCGCUGGCGACGACAGUCCGCAUCAGCAGCCAGUGGAGCAGCCGGGCGAGCCGCGGCGAGAACCGCACCCGCCGGAGCCAGAGAAGCAGCCGCCGCAGCACAGCAGCAGCUCCAAUGGCGUUAAAAUGGAAAAUGAUGAAUCAGUCAAAGAAGAUAAAUCUGAAUUAAAAGAAAAAUCUUCAGGAAAUAAGAAGGCCAAUAGAUUUCAUCCUUAUUCAAAAGAUAAGAAUUCAGGCACUGGAGAAAAGAAGGGUCCAAAUCGAAACAGAGUUUUCAUUAGCAACAUCCCAUAUGAUAUGAAAUGGCAAGCUAUUAAAGAUCUAAUGAGAGAAAAAGUCGGUGAGGUUACAUACGUGGAGCUCUUUAAGGAUGCGGAAGGAAAAUCAAGGGGUUGUGGUGUUGUUGAAUUCAAAGAUGAAGAAUUCGUAAAGAAAGCGCUAGAAACUAUGAACAAAUAUGAUCUUAGUGGAAGACCCCUGAAUAUUAAAGAGGAUCCUGAUGGAGAAAAUGCUCGUAGGGCAUUGCAACGAACAGGAGGAUCAUUUCCAGGAGGACAUGUACCCGAUAUGGGAUCGGGGUUGAUGAAUUUACCACCUUCCAUUCUCAAUAAUCCAAACAUUCCUCCUGAGGUUAUCAGUAAUUUGCAGGCUGGUAGACUUGGUUCCACAAUUUUUGUUGCUAAUCUUGACUUCAAAGUUGGUUGGAAGAAGCUAAAGGAGGUGUUCAGCAUAGCUGGAACUGUAAAACGGGCAGAUAUUAAAGAAGACAAAGAUGGCAAGAGCAGAGGAAUGGGCACAGUCACUUUUGAACAAGCAAUUGAAGCAGUUCAAGCAAUUUCUAUGUUCAAUGGGCAGUUUUUGUUUGAUAGACCUAUGCAUGUGAAAAUGGAUGACAAGUCUGUCCCUCAUGAAGACUACCGCUCACAUGAUAGUAAAACACCACAGUUACCACGUGGUCUUGGAGGCAUUGGAAUGGGACUUGGUCCAGGUGGACAGCCUAUUAGUGCCAGCCAGUUGAAUAUAGGUGGUGUAAUGGGAAAUUUAGGCCCAAGUGGUAUGGGAAUGGAUGGUCCAGGUUUUGGAGGAAUGAAUAGAAUUGGAGGAGGAAUUGGGUUUGGUGGUCUGGAAGCAAUGAAUAGCAUGGGAGGAUUUGGAGGAGUUGGCCGAAUGGGAGAGCUGUACCGUGGUGCGAUGACUAGUAGCAUGGAGAGAGAUUUUGGACGUGGUGAUAUUGGAUUAAAUCGAGGCUUUGGAGAUUCCUUUGGUAGACUUGGCAGUGCAAUGAUUGCAGGAAGAAUAGGAGCUUCUAACAUGGGUCCAGUAGGAUCUGGAAUAAGUGGUGGCAUGGGUGGCAUGAACAGUGUGACUGGAGGAAUGGGGAUGGGACUAGACCGGAUGAGCUCCAGCUUUGAUAGGAUGGGACCAGGUAUAGGAGCUAUACUGGAAAGGAGCAUCGAUAUGGAUCGAGGAUUUCUAUCCGGUCCAAUGGGAAGCGGAAUGAGAGACAGAAUAGGCUCCAAAGGCAACCAGAUAUUUGUCAGAAAUCUGCCUUUUGACUUGACUUGGCAGAAACUAAAAGAGAAAUUCAGUCAGUGUGGUCAUGUAAUGUUUGCAGAAAUAAAAAUGGAGAAUGGAAAGUCAAAAGGCUGUGGAACAGUCAGAUUUGACUCCCCAGAAUCAGCUGAAAAAGCAUGCAGAAUAAUGAAUGGCAUAAAAAUCAGUGGCAGAGAAAUCGAUGUUCGCUUGGAUCGUAAUGCGUAAUUUUAAACCGCGGUUGGAACAUUCUUACAUCUGUUUUGCUGAAUCUCCUAGAAAAAGUCAUUUUUUUUAGUAAUACUGUAUGCUUACAAAAGCUGUAAAAAUGAACUUUUAAAACUCCCACCAGCUUUUAACAGUAUAGUGUUAAAUAUACUGUGGUUUUUGUUAAUCUCAAGUUUGGGUUUUUAAAGACAGCAAGUUGGUCAUUCAGUUUAAAUGAAUGGUUAUACUGUUUUUAAUGAAAUAAGCCAUUUUUCUUGUUGUUACUUUCAGUACUACAUAGUGGGAUUUGUCCAAGUUUCCUCAACUUUUAUCAACUUACUGUAAGGUAAAACAGAUGGUUUUUUCAAAACUUCCAUUUUAUAUAUGUAAUUGUCCUUGAAAAGAAAGGGCUCAGACAAAUUAGGAUGUGAUUUUGGGUUGGUUUUAAAUUACUUUUCUUUGGUGAUGAAGAAUUACUGUAAGUAAGUUUUAGAUUCUAAAGUUCAGGAUAUUUUUUAUUUGACUUAAAUGAAGAAAUGGAGUUUUCCUGCUCUUCCUUCUCCCAUCAUCCACGUUUUCCACAUAACCCUAUGAAUAUCAACCUCCACAGCCCCUUAUUUUAUUAUUUCCGAUGAUUCCAAGUUCAUACAGAACCGAUAAUGUGGUAAUCCCCAAGUAUAAUAAUAGGCAGACUACUCCCAGCUUUCUGUCUAGUUUCCAGCCAUUGAAGUGAACUGCUGAAAAAAGGAAAAUAAUAGAAAUGUUGAGAGAGAUGGUUAUGUAAGUUAGUCCUCUGCUGUUCACUUCUAUAGGAGCUGAUGCAUUUAUAAAUGCAGUUUUAAUAAACCAUGGAACACCUAGGCACAGCAUAUCAAACACAUUGGAUCCCACGAUGUUAGACAUAGCCAUAUCUCCUUUGCCUGCAAAAAAAAACAAAAAAAAAAAGCAUGUUGUUAAAAUGUGCACACCAAUGCUGUAUUUUUAUUAAUAAGCUUCAUAAAAAAACACUGGAAAUUUUUUUUGUUUGUUGGUUUUGGAAAAUUGUUAUUAGAACAAAAGUCUUACUGAAUUUGUAUUUUUUAAUUUUGGGGGGGUUAGUAUUUAAAGUCUUAACAUUUAUUUAAUAAUAAUUAUCUUUAUUUAUUAAACCAUUUUUCAAUAAGGUCUGUAGAUUACUUGUUGCUUUUCAUUCUCAUUUAAUAUGGUUAAUUAUGAUUUAAUGCACAUUUCAGAUGAGUAUUAUUUGGGGGUUAGAUUUAGUGAAGUUAAUCUGCAAUUAAAUAGUAAACCCUU